AUGAGCUGCUGCUGCCCUCUGCUGGUGCACCCGGGUCACUGCAGCCUCCGCUUUCACAGCUCUCUCAACUCCUGGAGUCAGAGUCUGGUCUGGCCUCACUUCACUGGCUCACAGGGACAGAGAGAGCACAUCACUUCACUGGCUCACAGGGACAGAGAGCACAUCACUUCACUGGCUCACAGGGACAGAGAGCACAUCACUUCACUGGCUCACAGGGACAGAGAGCACAUCACUUCACUGGCUCACAGGGACAGAGAGAGCACAUCACUUCACUGGCUCACAGGGACAGAGAGCACAUCACUUCACUGGCUCACAGGGACAGAGAGCACAUCACUUCACUGGCUCACAGGGACAGAGAGAGCACAUCACUUCACUGGCUCACAGGGACAGAGAGAGCACAUCACUUCACUGGCUCACAGGGACAGAGAGAGCACAUCACUUCACUGGCUCACAGGGACAGAGAGAGCACAUCACUUCACUGGCUCACAGGGAGAGAGAGAGCACAUCACUUCACUGGCUCACAGGGACAGAGAGAGCACAUCACUUCACUGGCUCACAGGGAGAGAGAGAGAGCACAUCACUUCACUGGCUCACAGGGACAGAGAGAGCACAUCUCUUCACUGGCUCACAGGGACAGAGAGCACAUCACUUCACUGGCUCACAGGUACAGAGAGCACAUCACUUCACUGGCUCACAGGGACAGAGAGAGCACAUCACUUCACUGGCUCACAGGGACAGAGAGAGCACAUCACUUCACUGGCUCACAGGGACAGAGAGAGCACAUCACUUCACUGGCUCACAGGGACAGAGAGAGCACAUCACUUCACUGGCUCACAGGGACACAGAGAGCACAUCACUUCACUGGCUCACAGGUACAGAGAGCACAUCACUUCACUGGCUCACAGGUACAGAGAGCACAUCACUUCACUGGCUCACAGGUACAGAGAGCACAUCACUUCACUGGCUCACAGGGACAGAGAGAGCACAUCACUUCACUGGCUCACAGGGACAGAGAGCACAUCACUUCACUGGCUCACAGGGACAGAGAGAGCACAUCACUUCACUGGCUCACAGGGACAGAGAGCACAUCACUUCACUGGCUCACAGGGACAGAGAGAGCACAUCACUUCACUGGCUCACAGGUACAGAGAGGACAUCACUUCACUGGCUCACAGGGACAGAGCACAUCACUUCACUGGCUCACAGGUACAGAGAGAGCACAUCACUUCACUGGCUCACAGGGACAGAGAGAGCACAUCACUUCACUGGCUCACAGGGACAGAGAGCACAUCACUUCACUGGCUCACAGGGACAGAGAGAGCACAUCACUUCACUGGCUCACAGGGACAGAGAGAGCACAUCACUUCACUGGCUCACAGGUACAGAGAGAGCACAUCACUUCACUGGCUCACAGGGACAGAGAGAGCACAUCACUUCACUGGCUCACAGGGACAGAGAGCACAUCACUUCACUGGCUCACAGGUACAGAGAGCACAUCACUUCACUGGCUCACAGGGACAGAGCACAUCACUUCACUGGCUCACAGGUACAGAGAGAGCACAUCACUUCACUGGCUCACAGGUACAGAGAGCACAUCACUUCACUGGCUCACAGGUACAGAGAGAGCACAUCACUUCACUGGCUCACAGGUACAGAGAGAGCACAUCACUUCACUGGCUCACAGGGACAGAGAGAGCACAUCACUUCACUGGCUCACAGGUACAGAGAGAGCACAUCACUUCACUGGCUCACAGUCCGUCCGCCCCAGGGCAGCUGUGGCUGUGUGUCCGCCCCAGGGCAGCUGUGGCUGUGUGUCCGCCCCAGGGCAGCUGUGGCUGUGUGUCCGCCCCAGGGCAGCUGUGGCUCCUCGCCCGUAUGGCUUGCCUCACACAGAUGGCUUUUCUCUGCAGCUCGAGUAUUGCAGUUGGGGCUUAUUGCUGA